UUGGCUCAACGCUUGACAAGGCAAGCGAGACAACGCUGAAGUAGAAUAGAGCCACGCUGCUUUCUUGAAUUUUUAAAUAAUAGUUAUUUGUUUUUGACCUUUUCUGUAAAUUUAUAAUAAAAAAUCGUGAAUUAAAUGGUAAUUGUUUGGUUGCAAUUGAGCUGACAAUUCAAGCAAUCCUAUUCAAACCUCAGUGACGCGAGGAAUCGCUGAGAGGUUGAUAAUAUUAUAUUAGAUCAACACGUGCUAACGUAGUAAAUCCGUUUUAAAUAUGUCAGAAGCCGAAGCUGCUGUGAACCCGAAGGCAUACCCACUAGCUGAUGCUACACUGACUGCUAAAAUACUUAAUCUCGUUCAGCAAGCUGCUAACUACAAACAGCUAAGGAAAGGUGCAAAUGAAGCGACUAAAACACUAAACAGGGGUCUCUCUGAAUUUAUCAUUAUGGCAGCAGAUACUGAACCUCUGGAAAUUGUAUUACACAUUCCUAUAUUGUGUGAAGAUAAAAAUGUACCUUAUGUGUUUGUGCGCUCAAAGCAGGCUCUAGGCAGAGCAUGUGGUGUUUCUCGCCAAAUCAUCGCCUGUUCCAUUACCAUAAAUGAGGGCUCUCAAUUGAAGCCUCAGAUUCAGAGCAUUCAACAAGAAAUAGAAAGACUUUUAGUUUAAGUAUGUGUGUGACACAGUACAAAGUAUUGUUAUGUAUUGGUUAAUAUGUGGGAAAUAAAAACUAUAUUUACCAGAA